AUGGCCCCGGAGGUGCCCGCCUUGGGGCUGGCUCGGACGGUUCCUGCUGUGCUCUCCAGCACCGUCAGGGCCGAGCGGAGCCUGGCGUGGCUCUGUGUGCCCCUGGCCAGAGGCCUGCGCAACGUGCUGUCUCCGGUCCGCUCGGCCAUUCACAGAGCUGCUGCGCUGUGGGCAGGGGAGCCCGGCCCCGGGAUGGCGUGGACCACAAUGGACAUAGCCAUCAUGGCAGGAGUGAUCACCGCCAUGGCCUUCUUCCUGGUCGGCCUGCUCCUGCUCAUACUGCACUACAUGUACCGGCACAAGGGCACGUACCACACGCAUGAGGACAAGGGCACAGAGUUUGCCGAGAGCGCAGACGCGGCCCUGCAGGGCGACCCGUCGCUCCAGGAUGCUGGGGACAGCAGCAGAAAGGAGUACUUUAUCUGAGGGCACAGACCUCACCUCCCCCAACGCCGCCUCCUACUCCAGGACUUCACGCCGCCACCAAGCAGACCUCCGGAGCACCCCCUCGGCCCAAGCCACACGCGUGGCCUGGAACCCUGGGCUGGGGCGCGGGAGCAGAGGAGGAGCCCAGAUGCGGAGGCCCCUUCCAGGGACGGUGACCCCCAGGUGCCAGCCUUUGUCUGCAGGGGAAAUUCGGGGUCCUCUGGGCAGUGCAGUUGUCAUCGGGGCACGUGUAAGUCCCUGCUGGGUGUGAGUGGGGUGGGGGCCGGGGAAGCAAGAAAUGAGUCAGGCUGUGCUGACUGGGACGAUGGCAUCAAAUGUCAGUCCUUGACAUUUGGGGGAGCAGCAGGUGACUGAGCUGAAGUGCCUUUGUCUUCCAUUGAUCCCCCUCUAAGUGAUAGGAAAUAAAUCUGAAACAUAACUGAGCAUCCAGGGUCAAACAGCAUCAGCAUCACUGUCUGGGGAAGAGUAGAUGCCACCCAGGGCGGGCUUUUCACCGUGCGCUGUGACCGUGUCCCUGUCAGAGCCUGCGUGCCGGUGCGGGUGCAUGGGGCUGGGCCACCCACUUCCAGCGGCACUGCCAGCCCCAGCACAGACAGGCCUGGGGUCCUGGGCCCACAGAGGGGGAGGGACCAGUGACCAGCAUUCCUUUUCCCAAGGGGCACCAGCUUCAGCAACAAAGCCGAGGGUGGAAUGGUGGCCCCAACGGCCCUGGCUGACACCCUGUUCUCUGAAGUGGGUUAUAGGAAACACAGCCUUAGGCAUCACGUGAACCGUCCUCCCUGCAGCAGCCGCUGGAGCACAAGAUCCUGGGUUUGGGCCCUGGCUCCCCUUUCCUGGCCCAGGAACUUGGACAGCCUGCUUGACCUCUGGCCUCACCGUUCUUGUCCCUCUAGAGGGCAUCCCUCCAUGGUACCGACUCUCGGGGCUGAGGGCCCUAACACACAUGCCAUGUGCUCGGUGCUGUGUCUUGGCCUAUGCGUGGUACCGGGUGUCUGGUAUGUACAGAUAAGUUAACAAAAGUGCCUCAUUGCACCACUGAAUAAUAAUCAUAACUUAAAAUGAGUAGCAGGAAAGAAAGAUGAACUGCUAACUAUCCUCUUUCACAGGAAUCCCCCUGAGACCCCCAGCAGCUCAGCAGUCACCCUGAACCCAGCAGCUCCAAGUAAGACUGCUCCCUGGGUACCAGGAGCUCCGGGGCCCAGGUCCCCGAGGGCUGCACCAGUGCAACCGGGGGCCCCAGGCACUCUCCCCAGGCAGCUAAUGGGUCUGAACACAGUGGGGAACGGCCACCACCACAGGAGCUGGAAGCCAGGGCUGUGGGGGAGAGACAGAGAAGAGAGGAACCUGGCCCCCAGGUGCAACCGCUCCCAGGGCGGCCCAGGCUCCUGGCCUUCCACCACCUCCUCUGUGAAAUGAAGGGUUUGGCUACAGCUCUAUGUCCCAAACUGUGCCCGACAGAACACCACUGCCAGGUGCCACGCAGCCACACGGAGGGUGCACCCAUGCAGACAGGUUUGGGAAAUGGCAUAUUGAGCCAAGGAAAGCAGUGCAGGCUGCCCGCAUGUUGAGGGCCCACACGUUCAGUGCCCGGUGUGUGCUGUGACCCGAGGUGUGAGGGCAGGGAAGCGAGUGCAGUCUCCCCGAUGGAUUUGGCCAGAGACCCCACUUCUUCCCAGAAGACCUACGACGCAUUUGUGCGCCAGCACUUCCUCAGAACGUUUGGGAAGCACUAAACGACUUCUGACAUUACUUCCUGCUGUGACGUCGCUUUAGGAUUUGAAGAACAUAUGGGCCUAUGGCCUCGUCUUCAAGGGUGGUAAGCACAGUCACCGUCUAGUGCACCCGGAGCCCACACACAGGUGUGCCUUGCUUCACAGAGGCUCUAGGGAGAGGGGUGAGCCCAGGGCCCCUGGCAGGUGCCUCUGUGGGGGAGAGGAUCGCUGGUCAUUUUCCCUUCCCUCCUCUGCUGGUCAGCAGCCCUCUGCAUGGCUGUUGGCUGAGACCCGGCCGUGGGAGGUGGGCUCUGUGCCCUCACCUCCUCGCCCUCACCUGCCCUGGUCCUCACCCCCUUACCUGCCCACUGUCCUGGAGGAUGUAUGGAAGAACAGCCUGCUCCAGCCCACUGGGUCCCCAGGCCCCAUCAUGUCAGAUGCAGUGUGACAUGGACACAACAGGGUUGGGCUGUCCAAGGUGACCGGGCCAGAUGCCAUCAGGAGGUGAGGCCAGCACGCCAGCCAGUAAAGCAACUUAGUGAGAUGUGCACAUUCAUUCAGGAGCACACACGCACACACGCACGUGUGCGUGUGCACACACACACACAAACGGGCAUGCAAUACACACUAGUGUGCAAAUAAAUGGUGUCCCUCCUCUCAGGCCAGGGAGCACACUUUCCUCAUCUUGGGAAUCUGCUGACAGUGCGCUGAAGUCUUCAAGCGGCAUGCCUGCAAUGGGUGUUGGGGAGCGGGGUGGGCACCUAUGCAUAACUAUGCACAAACCACACCUCCAAGCUCCAAGGACUCUGGGGGAGAAAGGAAGGAAGUAGAGGAGAGGAAAGGAGGAGGGGGAGAAGAAAGGGGAGAGGAGGAACUGAGGCUGGAAGGAGGAAAGGGAACUAGUGCACUCCAUGUGAAAUCCCAGCUUCACCGCACCUGGUCCUCUUUCACCCUCUCAGUCACCCUCACAGGGGAGGGCCUGGUCCUCCUGUGAGAACUGUAGAAACUGAGGCUCAGAAAGACUGCUGGGCUUUUGGAGGUCACAUAGCUUCUCAGGACCAAGGGACCAGUGGGAGGAGCCUGCUUUCUCCCCAGGCGCAGGUGCAUCAGUGGGAGCACUUUGUGGCAGCAGAGCAGGUGCCCCAGGACUCAGGGUGCCGGAACGACAGUGCUAGCUCAGCACCCCAGGCCCAGCCAGCGGUGACCUGACUCCCACGCCAACAUCCCCGUUCCUGGUGAGGGCCGGCUGGGGCAGAGGCAGCUCUGAGCGGGCCCAAGCAGAGUCCUGGGCAGCUGGGCCUCGGUGGGAUGGUUAGCAGGUAAAAUGCUUUCAGUUGGGUCACACCCCAUCCACACCUCAAGCACCCAGGAAGCUGGCCGCCCGCUCACUCUCACCAAAGAGGAAAUGAUUGGCUAGCUGGCAGGCUGACCCUUCUUGAGUGAUUUGUGCUUUAAAAUUGCUCGCCCCCAAAUAAAAAUGUUUAAGGACGAAUUUUCAGAUCCAGA